AUGUCGUCCUUCCUCAGCCUCGCCCUGCGGUUUAAUCGAACUCUUGUCAUCAAGCCGGAGACGUUCAACAGGGCCACGCAGGCCUGCAGAGACCUGGGCCAGGGCAACAACUUGGAGUGCUAUUUCUUCCCGUUGGGCGCCCCUGCGUGUUUGCAGGUGGCACUGGCAGCGGAGGCGAAGGGGGAGGUGGUCAACAGCGACGGCGUGGCCAUGGAGGAGAGGGAGCGCAUUCUGGCGUCGGAUGCGGUGGUGGUGCAGGUGGCCAAUACAGGGCUGUUCGGUGAAGUGGGUGCCACCGACCUGUGGGGUGCUCCAUCUCUCGACCGGCCAUUCUCAAUACAGCAGCUGGGGAGAAUACAAGGCCAGUACUUCGCAUGGGGACAGGCGCGCUGGUGGCGGUCACAGGCGCUGCGCUUCAUGCUGCGCUGGCCCUCCUUGCACCUGUGCCACGCCACCAACCGCAUGCGCCACUCCGCAUACGGCCUCCUAGUAGCAGACCGAGUAGUAUCCUUUGCCCUCAAGCAGGCCGACCUGCUACAAGCACUCAACGCCUCUGCUGCUGCUGCUGCUGCUGCUGCUGCUGCCGGCAGUGCUAGCAGCACUGUUCCUCCCGCCUCCUCCUCCUCCUCCUCUUCCUCGUCGCCCACCUCUCAAUACCCCUCCCACAUGCAUGUGCGGCAGGGCGACAAGGGCAUCGAGAUGUCGCUGCACUCGCUCGCCAGCUUUGUCUUCUUCGCCUACCGCAUGCGCCGCCACCGGCCGGACCUUCAAUACAUCUGGCUCAGCAGCGAGAUGGAGGUGAGGAGGUGA